GCCUUCGAUUAUAAAAAAAAAAAAAACGAUAAUAAAGAGAAACAAGUCGUACACGUUUAAACGGAGUUCUAAAUUUCCGGCGAGUUUUCCUCUCUCGAAUCUGCGACACCGACGAAUCUCGCUCACCGGAAUUUCGCAUUCAGAAAAUGGCUUUAGGUGGAACAGCUCCCCCAAGAGGAAGUGCAGCGGCUACUGCAAGCAUGAGGAGAAGGAGAACAACCGGUGGUGCGGCCUCUGGAGGAGCAGCUGGAACUAUGCUCCAAUUUUACACAGAUGAUGCCCCUGGACUCAAGAUCUCCCCAAAUGUUGUUCUUGUAAUGAGCAUUGGCUUCAUAGCAUUUGUUGCCAUCCUUCAUGUGAUGGGCAAGCUGUACUUUGUGCGUAGGGAGGCUUAGAGAAUAGAUCAAGAUGUUAGGUCCAAUUUUUUGGAUUUUCAAUACACCUCUGUUAUGAAAUUUAGAUUUUUUUGUUGCUGGAACCAACCCUUCCUUUGCUUUUUGUUUUUUGGUACUGCUAUUUUUUAAGGUAAACUGUUGAAAUAUCUUUCUGUUGCAUCUUCUUGUUUUUGCAGUUGGUGAAAUAUGUUUUAGUUUCCUUUAGUCGCUUAACUUAAAGGUGGGGAAAGUGUUGGAAUUUAUGGUGUA